AUGGCAUCGCCUAGAAAAUUCCAUCUCUUCAACUGCGACCGUGUUUAUAAGCUUGAUUCCAUCGAACAUUUGUUGUUGACAACGACAAGGAAUCUUGGCAUUGAGAUAUCUGUGAAGCAACACUAUUUCGCAGUUUCCGAGAUAACCGAGUUCAGCGAUCAAACGAUUACCACACUGGAGAUGGAUGCUGCCAUUUUAGUUGUCAAUGCAAACGAAUCUCGACUCUCCAUCAACGAAAACACAGAGGGAGGCUACACGAAGGUUUACAGAGCUUUGCUUCAAGCGACAGGUAAAGCGAAACCGGAAGUUGAGCACGAUAAGAGUUUAAUUCUUAGAAUUAUUUUUUCAAAAAGUCUUCUGCAAGUCAUAUUGGCGUAGUUUCUGUAAAAUACACACACUAGGGUUUCCUAAAUUUUUAUACCAGAUAUUUUUCAGGUACCAUUGCGUUCUUCACCUUUGUAAUGUGGCACAUUGAUUUAUCAAUGAAUAUCAAUGUUAAGUGUUUUGAAAUUUAGACGGUCCACGCCACGAAAUUUAUGUUAUUGACAAACAGAACAUAGCUUUAUCUUCAGCCUUUCCGAAAUUGUUUUACAUGUGUUUCAUGAUACGAACACCGCGAUAUACAAAUAGUAUUCUAAAUAUAGAUUUCAAUUAAAUAUUUUGAAAACUUUGAUUAAAAAAUUUGGAGGAAGCUGUGACGGCUGUGUUCGCAGGUUACCGAAAGUAAGUUUUAGCGAUUAAAAUAUUCACCAACAAAUGAUACAAAUAAAAGUUUUGCCGUGUCAGAUAUUAUGAAAGUUGUGCAACAAAUGCAGAAUCAUUUGACCUUACGUUCCGAGCUUUCUUUAAGAGAUCAAACAGCUCCGCCAGUACGAGAUACAGCACUAGCACACCAGCUCAAGCUUCAACACUCCGCCACCCUUCCCGAAGAGAGAAGUACUCAAGAAAUAGAAGACCGGUGGGAUCAGCCAAGUUCCUUGAAAAAAGAUUACACAGUGACAAGGCAAAGAAGUGUGGAUUUUCUCGCUAGUCAGCAACCUAAGCUGAACGUACUCCUCGAUCCUCUUGCGGAAACCGCUGUUUCGGCUUCGGAUUAUGGAUGCUCACCACUAGGGAACCGAUCUGAACAGAGCAGAGUGCAAAGUGAUACUACCACGAAGGAAACACGUCUGGUCAAAGGUGAGAACUACUACGACAAAUUACAUUAAGAAAAACAUGAACGAGAAUCAUGAUCAAGACAGUUACAAUAGCCACAAAAAUAAGUAUUAAUACCAGAACAAAGAUAACAAAAACGAAGCUGUCGAAAGAAACAACAAUUACAACAACAACGCUAGCACCACGAGACAUUGACAAUACUAACCACAACAGAGGAAAUUCCACCUGAGCCAAAAAUGACCGAUGGCGAUGUCAGCAAUGGCAUCUAAAACCAUGCUCAAGAAAAACCAAAAAGAUUGCGAAAAUAAUUUGAACUAUUUAAAUCCAUUAUGACAUGAACAUCAGUAAAGCUUUGUAAGAUAGUGGUGGCAAUUUCUUAGAUACCUCCUGGAGGUUUACAACCUUUUCUCCUUUUAAUUCUUGACCCUAAAUAUAAUGUCAAACACAAAAAGAUGUGGCUGCAUAUUCUGAAUUGGCACUAUUACACAGCAAACCGCAAUAGCUCAAUACGAAGAGAUACCGCCAUAUAAGGGGAACGUGAAGUACAAGGUAAGAACAACGGGUCACUCUCUGAAAAAAGACAAUACUGGACACCAAUGAACGACCACUACGAGAGCAAUAUGUACCUUUACAACGACUUCAACAAAAGCAACAAUAAGUCCUAAAGACGCUGUUUCAUUGGUAUCUCGUAGUCUUUAUAUCACGAUUUUUAACCUUAUCAAUCAAUUUUUAAUCCUGACUCGAUAGCAGCUUUUUUUGUGAACUUCAUAUAUUUUUACAUAUAAAAUGAUACUAGGCUCCUUUGAGUCGUACAUGCAUGGUUACAGCAAGUGCCAGAAACCCAAAAUUCUGGGAUUACGCACGACAACGCACUUUGUGGUGGAAGUGCAAACAACGAAAUGAAGCAUUUAGGCAAGUAUUUGAAAGUUUAGCUUUUAUUAAAGUGGUGGAAGUGCGAACAACGAAGUGAAGCUUAUAGGCAUGUACUAAUUUAACGUUCAAGUUAACAUAAUCAGACUAGUGGAAGUGCAAACGCGGAAUUGAGGCUUUUUGGCAAGUAUUUCAGGUUUAGCAUUUAUUUGACUAAAACUGAUUGAUCUUUUAAAAAUAAGUGUUGUAAAAUGGUUUUGGAGUGUGCAAAACGAAGUUUUAAUUACUGUUUGCUUUUAUUCUCUAGACUUAGUAGUCCUUGGCUGUGAUGUGUCACCGGCAACAAUCCAGGCUGUGAAAUCAGUACUCGAUAACCUUUAUCGUAGGAUAAGGCUGCCAGAAUGUCCGCAAGUGGAGCGUUAUUCAUUAGCUGACAUCAAAUCAUACUUAACGAGAUGCACUCCAAGGUUUUGUAUUCUAGUGGUGGAUACAGAUGCGUCUAAUAAAUACCAGCAGCCUGAGUUGGAAGAAAUUCUCAGGACAGCAGCUGAUGUUGUUGGUAAGAGGAUCCGUUGAAGUAGCCUGUUUAUAAAAGUUCAGAGAAUCAUUUCUUUUUAGUUGAAAUAAUUUAGUGUAGCAAAUACUCGCAAUAGCAAAUACUCACAAUAGCAAACGUGUAAACCACUUGAGAACAUCAUCCAAUAAUUAAAAAAGGUCAAUAGACACGCUUACUGAGGUGUCAGUCUCUAACUUUCGUCAUGCUUUUACACUUAACUAGCGAAUCACGCUAAAAUACGCAGAGCGGAGUUCGCAUACUAAGUAGAUACCUUGGCGAUGUUUAAGCUUCACAAAAUGACUUUCUACCUUAAGUUUCUUAGUCUUACGGUCAAGGUCGAGCGAAACAAAAACAAGAUUGAAAAUAUAAAAAUUAUAAUAAACUUACGAACAGAAUUGAAAUCAUACUUGAAAAGAUAUCUUAAGAGAAAAUAGCCCUUGAAGACUGCUACAUAUCGGCAGAAUAAACCGAAAAUUCGGAGAAGAAAGGGCGUACCUAAGGUACCACCCCUAAAAGAGCUACGUGCUAGCCGUAUAAGUUAUCUGAUUACAAAUUCAGUGCGGAAGAUGAAAAGUACUGUAUGUUUACACCUUAAGUCACCUCUAAGAAAAAGAGUUGUCGAACGUGCUAAAUUCAAGUUUAAACACUAUUUUCUGAAUCGGGAAUUCGACAUGGAUUUAGCCUAAAAACGAGAGUAUUAAAGAGGUAAAGGUAUAAAGGAGGGUUGUUUCCCAAGAAAUUCCUGCACGGGAUCAAUUUUUAUGGGGUCACCUUUACAAGCGGUGACCCACACUUUCCUAGGGAGAUCAGAGCUAGUACCCGUUGUAAUAACUUGCGUAAUAAAAGAGAGAAUAAAAGAAAUAGUCAACUGAACGACGAGUGAAAAUAACUUUUAACAAAUUUUAAAACAGGGAUCAUAGGGAGCUACAAUAUUUAAAAAUAUAUAUUUUCAAUAGCAGAGGAGGAGUCAUUUUCUUAGUAAUUAAUCAUCUUUUAGCAACAUAUAUAAUGGAAAUAUACUAAUAUCUGGCCGCAAACCGCAAUUUACGCAAAAACAUCUGUCUCCAUGUCAAAUUUACGAUCAUAAUAAGGAAAAGGUGACCAAACUCUACCUGUAAGGUAAGACCGCCAAACGGAAUAAGAAAUGAUCAAGUGGCUUGUUACAUGUUUACUGAAUAGCUUAUGCUAAUAUAUUAUUUCCAUUUAUAUUCACGUUCAAAUAAGUCAAAAAUCAUUUCAUUAUGAAAAUUCUUGCUGGAUGCCAAUUUUGUCUUUUAACAAAUUUGUGGCCAUAUCUGAAACGAAAACGAAAACGAAAACGAAAAUAACUUACAAAUCAGGGCAUCCGCACAUUGGUCAUGUACUAAACCUAGUCUUAUAUACUAUUUCUUCGCUUGAAUAACUAGAAGAUGCUAACACAAUAUCACUAUUUGUUUCAAUUUGCAGUUGAAAAGGUUAUUUUCACGAUUUGCAAUCGAUGUCCUGCUCCAACUGGAGAGGAAGAUAAAUUUUUUAAAAACGUUGAGCGUAUGCUUAAAGCGAAAAGAAAGGGCCUUGUCGUUUGGUUGGAGGAUGGAAAACUGAACGUGGAGCCCGAUGUCUUGAUACAAUUAAUGCUUGGAGCCCCAAUAGCGGCUAAGAACAGACAAGGACAGCUGAGCCACUCAGAAGAAUCCCUCAGACCAACCAAUGCUGCUGGGGGAGUUUUCAUCACAAGAUUUGCGUUAUAAUCCUACUUCUCAUGGAGGAGAUGGCACGGAUUCUAGAGAUGUUCUCGUGCUCAAAACACGAAUCCGUCAAGGGAGAAUAUCGUAUGCUACCGAGGAUGUUCUGUUUUGUUAUCCUGAUUGGGUAAUUCCAGAACAUAUAGAGGAAAGUUUGAGGUACAAAUCCUCAACGACAGCAAACGGAGUGCUAAGCAUCUAUUCUAACACGGAUGGCAAAUUACGA